AUGUCAUUUCAGCCAAAUACAAAAGUUGAUAUUUUGUACGAAGGUACAACAGUUGCAUUUGCGCAUGUUGUUGAUAACGAAUAUUUCCACACUAAGAAAAUUAACGUGAAGUCUGAACUUCAAUGUUCCCUUAUCAGAUUAUUAGAUAAUAUCCCCAAUAAAAUCCCAUUAUAUUUAGCAGACCCUGUUGAGCAUUAUACUUUACUUAACGAACUUCCAAAGGGAACCCUUUUUAUAUGGAAUAAGAAAAAUGUUCUCAUUUCUACUGCCAAUUCCGUGUAUUCAUCUGAAGAUCAUACCCCACUUGAAGCAGUUAACAAUGGUUCAAACGAUAUAUCCCUAGCAGGCACAGAUGACGAUGAUGAUGGUGCUGAACAAUCUAACCAUUUCAACUAUACGCUGCUUCAUAAUCAGGAAAAAGAUAAUUUAAAUUUGAGCCUAAUUUGGUCAAAGAGAAAGAAUAAAAAUCCUCAUCUAAUGUUCUUCUCUCAACUUGAUGAUCUAACAAAAGUUUGUCAGUUUUAUAAUCCAAUAUCUCAUACAAUUUGUAACUAUGAAGUAGUCUUCCGUGACAUGACCGAACAAAGAAAAUUGGCUGCUAGAAAGUGUCAGAGUCACAUAAAUAAGUACCAUGACCUUCAAUUGGACCCUAAUUCCGCUGAAAAAGUCUUAAAACACAUCUGCCCCGCAAGAAAGGACUAUGAUACAUUGAAAUGUAUAGUUUCAGAGCAAGAAAAAGAUUCAAAAGAUGUUGCUACAUUAGAUGAGUAUUCUCCUAAAGUAAAACUAAGAAAAAUAUCAACAACUCCUCAACCGCCAAACCUAGAAACAGCUUCAUCGACUCAAGCUUCAGAAUGUUUUACCGAGUUCAUUUCCAUGCUACUUGCUAGUGGAGCUAGUCCUUUGUCUUUGCUAGAAAGUGAACAUUUCAAAGAGUGGUGUCAGGAAUUCAUGCCUGAUGUUUAUUCAGACUCUUGGAGCAAAGAAAGAGCUGACACAUUAGUGAAGUCACAGUCUGAAUCGAUAAUAUGCCACAUAAAAGACCUAUUUACGUCGCAUGCCGGUGACUUACAGUCAACACCCUUAUCAUUCCAAUCCUUUGAAGGUACUGGUCUAGAGGGGCAGAUUAAGGCUUCUUUAAAAAAGCUUAAUAAAGCAUACUUGCCGUGGACUUCAAUUGAAGUUUCUGGACUAUCCGAGAAUGAAGAAAGUGAGCCUCUUUCUGUUACAAUAAGUCUUCUAACCAAAGAUUUCAAAAAAGCAACAUUUCCUGUAUUUAUAGACCACAUUGGUCCAAAACAUGACGAAAAAAUAUGUUCUUCUAUAAAUGAAAUAUCUACAGAUUUAUCAAUGGAUAGAUUUGUCACAUCUUUGUGCACUAAUGAUGUGUACAACGUCGCUAACCUAGGUAAUGCACUACAAAAUGAAGGUUUCCUUAACAAUUUUAAGGCUUACUCAGGAUGUGUAGUUAAGCAAGUGGAAAUAUUAGUAAAAAGCAUAAUUACUGAUAUCACUGAUGUACUAAGAAAGGCUGGCAAAGAAGACCUUUUAACCCCAAAAGAUUAUGAUGAGGCUCUGACAGGUAACCACUCAGGAUUGCAGUUAUCCGACUGUCCUGCCAUUGUCUCAAAAUUACUUGAGUUGCAGAGAAAGCUAAAAUUUGAAAAAAAUAUCCGGUCCAUGUUUACAAACUGCGUGCCUACUUUGCCAGCAGACGGCUCAGAUAUGAACUUGUCUGUUCUUUUUCACAAUCUGAAACACUUUCUUGAGAAUUCUAAAGGAUAUUUGUCUUUUUCGAUGCAACUCAAAAGCACAUCUGAUGAUUACAGCUUUGACUACUCUAGUACCGAUCUGGAAAUAGCACGCCUGUUGUAUGAGACUUUGAUUCCCUUAAAUGCAAUUAUGUUACUGACAAAAGAAAAGAAUGCUCUGAGUAGUAGUUAUGUACCCCUUCUCCUUUGGGUCAGGGAGGUAGCUAAGGCCUGCACUGGCAGUCUCACGAGAUGGUUGAAAAAAAUGGUAUCUUUUCCAAAAUUCAAUGAGAACUUUGAUCUUCUUUAUUCCGAAUUCUUGGCUAAUGAUUAUAUCUAUCAUGCUAUUGGGCUUUUCCAUUCGGAUGUCAAGCAUGUUGUCCAUGAAGGAAAAUGGUUUUCGUUGGACUUUUAUGCUCUCCUUUCCGAUAUAGCUUAUAAAAUUUUGCAUUUCGAUUUCCAACAGAGGGAAAUCAAUAAUCAAUCCUCCGUCAGUACUAUGUUUGACUUUGAAAAUAGGAAUCGCAAGAAUUCACCUAAACAAACUGAAAUAUUCCCAGUGGAUAUGGAAUGGUCACGGAGCGAGGACAGCUUGAGUGGACAAUGUAAGGAAGUAUUAUACAAUAUGGUUAAAGAAGAAGUUAAGAAUUUCAAUGUAUGGCGUUCACAAAACUAUAUCAAGUCAUUACAGGAAACUAUCAAAGAAAUGGGGAUAAAGUUGAGUAGCGAUGAAUUUAAAACUUUAUUAUCUGAUGAUUUUGAUAGUUUUGGAAACUUUAGGGGAGAAUCGAUUGUUCUGAAGGAGAAUAGAUUUAUUAUAAGAACAAAAUGCUCUUUAAGACUGCUUGAGAGGUAUUUAGAGAUUGCUAGGAAUGAUACUCAAGCUUCUAACCAGCAUUCAAGGUUAGUUUUACCUAUUGUAAUUCGUUAUUUAUUGAGUUUUAGUGUCACAACUGGAAAUUUGGGUAGAAUGGGCAAUCAAAUGAAAGACCAAUUUAACGAGACAUUUGACGAGCAUGACUAUCCAUUAAAUAUUGGUCGCAAUAGAUUAAGUGAAAGGCUUAUAGCGCAAACAAUAAAAUCAUUGAACAUUUCUACUUCAAUGAAUGAACUAGAUAAUGUCGGUUUACAAGGACUACUUGAGAGGCAAUAA